AUGGUAGAAAUUAUUGAUCAAGGGAAUGAAGAAUUUAUUGAACAAGGAGAUAUUUAUGAAGAAGUGACUUUAGAUAAUAAUGAUUCUCCUUCAAAUGAUAUGGAUGAAGAUCAUAAUUAUGAAGAUCAUUCUGAAGCAAUUGAAUUAAUAGAUAAUUCUAUACAAGGAUUCUUUGCUCAUAAAGUAUAUUCAAUUGAUAUGCAUCCAAUUGAUCAAAAUAUAAUUAUAUCUGGUGGAGGUGAUGAUAAAGGUUAUUUAUGGAGAUCUGAUACUGGUCAUACAGAUUCAGUUACAUCAGUAAAGUUUAGUAACAAUGGAGAAUAUGUAGCUGGUGGUGGUAUGGAUGGUAAAAUAUUAGUGUGGGAAGUAAAUAAUGGAAAUUUAGUAACUGUAUUAGAAAGUGCAAUUAUUUUGGCAGGUGCUAAUGAUGGAACGAUAUGGAUGUGGCAAAUUCCAUCUGGUAAUUGUAUGAGUGUAUUUUCAGGCCAUGCAGGAUCAGUUACAGUAGGACAAUUUACACCAGAUGGUAAAAAGAUUGUUUCUGGUUCAAAUGAUCGUUCAUUAAUAUUAUGGGAUCCAAAAACUGCUUCUUCAAUAUUAAAAAUUUCUGGUGGAGAAGAUUUCAGAUUUCAUCAAUCAGAUAUUACUUCAUUGGCUGUUAACAAAGAAAGUAAUUUGGUUCUUACAGGAUCUUUAGAUUGUUCUUCUAAAUUGGUUAAUUUAAAUAGUGGUGGAAUGAUUCUAGGAUCCUUUGAAGAUCACACUGAAUCAAUUGAAACAGUAGGAUUUUGUAAUUCCCAUCCAUUAGCAGCGACAGGAUCUUUGGAUAAUAAAUUAAAUAUUUGGGAUUUAAAUACAAUGAGAUUGCGUCAAACAUGUCAACAUGAUGGAGGAAUAAUCAAACUUAAAUGGCACAAUGAUUCUCCAUUAUUAACAACUUGUUCAGGUAAAUCAGUUCACAUUUGGGAUAGUAGAACAGGAAAUAAUGAAAUAACUUGGCAUGGACAUCAAGAUUCUAUAUUGGAUUUCGCUAUUUCAAAUGAUGGACGUAAAGUAGUAACAGCAAGUGAUGAUCAUGUUUGUCUUGUAUUUAGUAUAUGA